CGAUGCCGAAAACUUCUAUGUCUCUCUCCAUUUGCCCAUCGAACCUCUUCAGAUCCUCAAUGGCCGGUGAGUGGCGACGACUCAGAGGAAUUGUAAUCUCAUCAUAACCGACGCCUGUUCUUGUUUUGUUCCACCUUCAGAAAAAUCUUAUUUUUAUUCGCGAUAAGACAGCCAAUUUAGAAACUAUGGUGAGGGAACAGAGGGUUGAAUCUUUCUAUAAGCGUUUACGUGAGGCAGCUUCUGCUUCAUCUUCUUCCCCUUUGUUGAUAUUUCCAUCAACCUCUGAUGUUGACUCCCUUUGCGCCCUUAAGAUCAUCCUCCAUAUCCUCGAAUCUGAUUCUAUCAAAUACGCUUGUUACCCUGUUUCCUCAUUUAAGGAAAUCCACAAAUAUGCAGGCCGUAGCCUAUGCCCUUCCUCCAGUCAGCCUGUCUCUCUCCUACUCCUUAAUUGGGGAUGCCACAGGGACCUUCGACGUGUUCUGGAUUUAGGGCCCCUUGCAAGUGUCUUUGUUGUUGAUAGCCACCGGCCUAUUCAUCUCCACAAUCUCAGUAAUCAGAAUGAUAGGGUUAUUGUUCUCUACACUCAGGAUGAUGAGCUCCAGGCUGAUUUAACAUAUGACUUUGAUGUCUCCACCGUGGCAAAUGCAUCGGAUCUGAAUGGUGAUUAUGAGAUUGAUGAGAAUUCUGAUAGUGAAGAUGACAGUGAAAGUGAAGAGGAAGACGGUUCAGGGUCACGGAAGAGGAGGAGGGUCUCUGAGGAAACAGAAGUAGAUCCCUUGAAGCUUUACAGGAAGCUGAAAAAGGAGUAUUACAGAUUGGGUACUUUCCAUGGAAAGCCUUCAGGCCUUCUCAUGUUUGAUCUUUCACAUGCUCUUAGAAAGAACACAAAUGAAUUGCUAUGGCUAGCCUGUGUCUCUUUGACUGAUCAGCUCGUCCAUGAGAGACUAACCAAUGAGAGAUAUCAAGCUGGUGUGAUGGAGAUGGAGCAGCACAUUAACAGCUCAGGGAAUUUGGAUGCAAUAACUUCAGUUACCCUAAAAGAUGGGACGAAGAUACGAGCCCCUGAUGCCUCUAGAAUUGCAUACGAGGAUGAGCCACGACUUAUGCUAUUGAGGGAAUGGAAUUUAUUCGAUUCAAUGGUAUGUUCUUCCUACAUUGCGACCAAACUGAAGACCUGGAGUGACAAUGGCUUGAAGAAGCUUAAGCUUCUCCUAGCUCGCAUGGGAUUUGCACUUGUUGACUGCCAACAGAAGUUCCAGUACAUGAACCUCGAAGUAAAACGGAAAAUGAAAGAUGAGUUUGAAAAGUUUCUCCCUGAGUAUGGGCUCACAGAGUUCUACUACCGAAGCUUUUUACGACUUCAUGGGUAUAGCUCAAAGGUAUCUGCAGCCGACGUGGUCUAUGGAGUCACUGCACUGCUUGAGUCUUUUGUAGAAUCUGAUGGUUCCUGUGCUUCUCAACAGUUUGGGGUGGCAUUUGAUGCAUUGUCCUUGAAUAAUCUUGACAAGUUGAGAAAUGGUAUGCAAGAUGCAAUAAAAAUACAAAGGGCUAUCGUAAGGCAAGGAAGUAUAGCCAUAACCAAGAGUGGAUCUAUCAGAAGCGGGAGGAAAUUCAGGUGGGUGAAGCUUGAAGAUCCUGCAGAUACAAAAUUGCUUGGUUACCCUCAAGCAUUGACCAAAUUCUGUUACUUCUUGAUGGAUGCUUUGCGGGAGAAGGGUGCAAAGAUGAAGCCUUUGAUCUGUGCUUGCUUAUCACAAGAACCUAACAAAGUUUUGAUUGUUGGGGUGUGUGGGAAGCCACGUCUGGGGGCAGUUCAAGGGAAUGCAUUUGGGGUUGCUUUUAUAGCUGCAGCUCAGGAGGUUGGAGCCAAGAUCUUCCAUGAGUUGUUUGAGUCUUCUUGGAUAGUUUUGGAUGCAGUUUCUGUCAAUUCUUUCAUGAUCAGGUUAACUGAGAACCUCUGAUGGUAGGAUUAUUGAAAGUCUAACUGGUUGAGUAGAUUUAUUUGACUUCCAGUUUCCACAUAU